UCUCGCGAGAACCUGGUCAGCGGGUAUAAAAGCGAGAUCAGGCGCUCUUUCGGGAAAGUUUACUAAGCGCGUCUGACUCAGAGUUUCAAGUUUGUCUUCCGGCUAUAGACACAGAACAACGGUGAGAGACAUGCCUCCUGUGGAAAUAAUGAACGAGAAUGUGGUUACUCGAGUGGCCAAGCUUCCACUGGUGAGUUCCACCUAUGGCAUGGUGUCAGAUUUGUACAGUAACACCAAAGACAACCAUCCAACCAUCAAGUCGGUGUGUGAGGCAGCAGAAAUGGGUGUAAAAACGAUCACUUCAGCUGCCUUUACCAGCGCCUUGCCAAUCAUUGGCAAGCUGGAACCUCAAAUCUCUCGGGCUAACGACCUCGCCUGUAAGAGUCUGGAUAAAAUUGAGAAGACCCUGCCAAUUCUUCACCAGCCUUCUGGACAGCUUGUUACCAGUGCUAAAGACCGGGUCACUGAAACCAUGAACGGGGCCAAGGAGACCAUGUCUCACACCCUGAGUCACGUGAUGGGCCGAACCCGAGGAGUAGUGCAGGAGAGCAUGGAGAAGACGAGGAUGGUUGUCACUGGUGGUGUCCACACAGUGAUGGAGAGCAAAGUGGCUAAGCUUGUGAGCAGUGGUGUGGACACUGCCCUGAGCACGUCAGAGAUUCUGGUAGAGCGCUAUCUGCCUGCACCUGAGGACAGCCAAGAACACGAGAUAAAUGUGACCAAAGGUUUUGAUGAUGAGACCAAUGAACCCAGCUACUACGUGCGACUGGGCUCAAUUUCUACCAAGCUGCGACAGAGGGCUUACCAGAAGGCUAUCAGCAAGGUUCGUGAUGCCAAGAACAACAGCCAAGAGUCCAUCUCUCAGCUAAACCGCACCAUGGAUCUGAUUGAGUACACAAGAAAGAACAUCAGUGGUGCCAACCAGAAGGUGGUUGACAAAUUGAGCGCAUUAAUGGACUGGAAGUCUACAUCUCAGAGUGACAGUGACACAGAAAACAAGGCAGAGCUAAUCGAAUCCCGGACCUUGACCAUUGCUCGCAACCUGACGCAGCAGCUACAGGCGACUUGUUUGACCCUCGUGUCCAACCUCCAGGGCCUGCCACAGAACAUCCAAGAGCAAACACUGUCCAUUGGCCACAUGGCCAUGGAUGUGUACGCCAGGUUCAACAAUGCUGCAGCUCUGAGCGACCUGUCCGACACGGUGCUCACCAACACUCGUGGUCAGCUGAUGCGCAUGAGAGAUUCCAUUGACAACGUCAUGGAUUAUUUGGUCAACAACACGUCACUCAACUGGCUGGUGGGUCCGUUUUACCCUCGCACAGAACCGACUAGAAAACCAAGAAGCCAGUCCAGUGAAGAGAGCAGUGUUCAGCCUGAAGUGGAAAUGCAGCCACUUGAUCAGGAACAUUAGUUUACCCACACUAUGUCUUUGCAAUGUUUUCUGAAUUUCUGAUUAGUCUUUUUUUUUAAUCAUGUUUUUUUUUUAUCUUGAUGCUGGUAAUGUACAUUCUUUACUAUAAAAUACUACUCAUUCUAUCCCUCCCUCUACUUCUAUCUCUAUCGAUACUACUCUUUCAAUCUCUAUCUUUUACCCAUGAAAUAAACAAUUUGCAGUAUUUACACUAUCAAUCAAUUCCUCAGUAAUGUAAAAACACAUGACCAAGUUAAUAAAUGAGUUUUGUUGCAUCAUCAGCAUUAUAACCAUGAAGUUCUUUCUUAUGUAAUGUAUUGCUUUUGUACUGUCUUUCUACAUUUCUAAUAAAAUCAUAAUCAUAUAAACAA